AUGAGUGAUGAAAGUGAGUAUGGAAAUUUUGUAAUUUCAGAAAAUUUGAUUAACCGAGAGUUGGGAUCAGAUGUUGUUUCCGAAGACGAAAUUACCAUAACAAACAUAGAAAAGAAUAAAAUAAUCAGAAUAAUUAUCAGAAAAUUGCUUUAUCAGUCGCCAUUUCCCCUAAAAUAUGAGGAACUGAAGGCCAUUUUGAAAGAACAACUUCCUCACAAGUUUAACCCAAAACUCUUGAAUAAUCUUCUAUACGAAAUUAAGCAUGUUUUAAGUAACAUUUUCGGCCUUUAUCUUGAUGACGUUAAAUUCCCUCCCAAUAAGAGGGAGCUGAUUUUAAAACAGACGAUAUCAUUUAAACAUCAUGAUUUAAAAACUUUAACAGAAGGCGUUGAAGAGGAAAAGGAUUUAAUAACGGUGUUGAAAAUGGUCAAGAGAAAAAAGGAAGUCAAAUACACCUCAAGAGGUAUAUAUCCUAUUCUUCACUUCAGUUUAGAGUACAAUUAUAUAUCGGAUUACAUUUUAUAUGCUAAGGAUUUGUCUUAUAUUAACAUUGUGUACGGUACUGAACAGGUCAUUUUCACUGAUUUAAUGAGUUUUUAG